GAUUGCAGAAAUUUGUUAUCAUUAAAAAACAGGUACCACCCGCAUUUACAAAUACGUCCAAACGUACCUUAGCAGCUUUGCCUGACGGGUUAAAGAGGAGCCAAAACUGCAAUUAAACAUUCCCAUCUUGGCCUGAGUUGAGUCAUACUUCUUAGCUUUUGGUUUUCUUGUUCUGGCUCUGAGCGACGACGCUCGGGGCAGUGGUUUUGUAAAACAAUGGGGUCUCUGAAUGUAAGCUGUGAAAGAUUCAAUGGCGGAACAGAGCAACACAGCAGGCAGAAAAUCACUAAAGCAGUCUUUGUUACUGCAAUGGCUUCUGCACUCAUAGUUGCUACAGUUAUCUUUCUCGCAGUGGGAAUCAAUAGGGAUGCUAUUGAAAGAGACCACAAUGUGGGAAAAUAUCACGUCAGACGGUGGAAAUCGACUCAAAAUGUCCUGAAAGACGCCUGCAGCAGCACGCUCUAUCCAGAACUGUGUGUCUCCAGUAUUUCGAGCUAUGGGGGACUGGCCAGUAACGCCGGUCAUAUGGAGAUCCUGGAGGCCGCUGUGAACGUGGCCAUUGUAGCCGUCAAGAAUGAGAAGGCACGCACGCGCAGCCUUUUUAGCCCCGAUCUGGACUUCAGGCAACAUGGAGCCCUCAGAGAUUGUAUAGAAAUGUAUGAUGACACGUUGGACGAGCUCCAUGAUACGCUCUCUGAUUUGCAUAACACCACAUUUUUGUCGAUCCCGCAGCACACCGCCGACCUGGAGACUCUGCUGAGCGCCGCCAUUACUAACCAGGACACUUGCAUGGAGGGCUUCACGCUCUGCAAAGGGAAUCUCAAAAAAGACUUGAAAGGCAGCCUAAAUAAUGUGUCUCAUUUGGUGAGCAACUCACUUGCCAUGGUGGGUAACAUUACUGAUAAAGCAAAGCAAAUGCUUGGGAUUGUCGAUUCGGUUCCUGAUCGGCGGCGCCGUCUUUUGGCAGAGGAUUUUGUGGGAAGUGAUGAGGAAGGUUUUCCUUCGUGGAUGUCGGCGGGAGAUCGACGGCUUUUGCAGGUAAAUGGUGUUGCUAUGACGGCUAAUGCUGUGGUUGCUCUGGACGGGAGCGGCAAUUUUACUACCAUUUCGGCGGCUGUGGAGGCUGCUCCGGAGAAGAGCACGACCAGAUUUGUAAUCUAUGUGAAGGCAGGAGUGUAUAAAGAGAACGUUGAGGUACAUAAACGUAAGCAUUUUCUCACGUUCAUUGGAGACGGCGAAGGUAAAACUGUCAUUACCGGCAGUCGAAGUGUCAAAGGAACCAAUCACACAACAUUCCAUUCCGCAACUGUUGCUGUAACAGGGAAAGGAUUCAUGGCCCGCGACAUAACGUUCGAAAACACAGCGGGCCCAUCAAACCAUCAAGCGGUAGCUCUGCGCGUGGGGUCAGAUUGCUCAGCAUUCUACAGGUGCAGCUUCAAGGGAUACCAGGACACCCUUUACGUCCACACGCUCCGCCAAUUCUACCGUGAAUGCGACAUCUACGGCACCGUGGACUUCAUCUUCGGCAACGCCGCAGUAGUAUUCCAGAACUGCAAUCUGUACGGGCGGCAGCCAUUAGAAAACCAGAUGAUAAUCUAUACAGCUCAAGGCAGGAAGGACCCAAAUCAGAACACAGGCAUUGUCAUUCACAACUGCACAGUAACUGCAGAUUUUGAUCAGGCUGGUGGGAAUAGCUCGACUAAAACUUAUCUGGGGAGGCCAUGGAAGGAGUAUUCUCGCACUGUGUUCAUGUACUCUCACCUGGAUCACAUCAUUCAGCCCGUUGGUUGGCUUGAAUGGAACGGGACCUUCGGAUUAAGCACACUGUAUUAUGGAGAAUACAAUAACCGCGGUCCCCGUAGUGAUACUACUCAGCGGGUAAAAUGGCCGGGUCACCGUGUUAUUAACAGUUCGUCGGAGGCCGGCCAGUUUACAGUGGAUCGAUUCAUAGAAGGUGACAAAUGGUUGCCAUCAGUCGGUGUUCCGUAUAGUUCAAGCGUUACACCAUAGAUAAUGUGACACCAGUAAACGCGUUAAGCAGAUUAUGGUAUAUAUAAUAUCAGAUUAGUAGCAGUUAAUGUGAUGUUGUAUCACAUCAAUCUUGCUUUAUGUCGUUGUCAUGGUUUGUAUGUGGCGCGUGAUCCAGUUUGUUUGAUAUAAUUUUGAUACCGCUCGUUAUUUAAAAGCGCGUGGAAAAAUGUCUUGCAAGUGUUAUUUAGUUUGUUGUAUGGACAAUUUCUUAAAUAUUAGAUUUUUUAAAGUUCCUUUAUAA